UUUUGCAAAUGAGAGAAGAAUUUCCCAUUUCCACUAUGUGGCCAGUUUGAAUCAUGCUAAUUGUGGAUGGAGGUUUUGUAAGCUGAUCUUUAAACAGCUGUUAAGAAUCUGGCCUCAGUAGCAAACCUAACCUAACCUUUUAUCCUGGUUUAUGAUAUUAUCAUGAAAUUGUAUUGAGUUAAGAUAAUACAUGUGUAAACAUGUAGCCUUCUGAAGGUUAUUUUAUAAUAGCAAUAAUGUGUUUCGUGGUUAUACAUGUUGGGGAUUUCUGUCUUUGACAAUAACUUCCCUGAUGGCACUUCAGGGGAAAAGGGGAUUUUUUCAAAAAAUUUGGUAUAUUUCCAUCAUUGAGAAGUAAACAAAGUUAUUCAGAGUGGUUUGAUGUGACAUAGUUCAUAAAAGAGAAAUGUACCAAUUUCUUUAUAAUGGAAGUGAUAAGAACCAGGGGAGCAUUUCACCUCAAACCACUUUGAGUCACUUUGUUUAUAUCUUAACCUUAAUUUAAGUAAUUUAAUGGUGGAAUUCCCUAUUAUUGGGCAUCAAGGCUUUGGUUUCCCCUUCAAUUUUAAUUGUUUUCCCACCUGGUGGAACACGCUUGCUUCCCUAGAUAGCAUAUCAAGUAUAAAAGCAGAGCAGUGCAAGCAUGAAGGUUCUCAGACUAGUGCUUUACAGCAUUCUGUUACAGUGCAUGUAGCCUUUCACAAGUCAUUCUAUAGGACAUGAUAAAGUCUUACAGUCAUAUGGUGCAACCUUUCUGACAUACGUUGUCAUUUCUAAACCAUAAGUGAUGGGCUAAACACGAAAACAGCUGUUUUGAACACCAAAACAGGUGUACUAACAUUAAAUAACGCGUGAGAUCACAGUGCGACAGUGUGGUGGGAGCUUGUGAAGCCAGAACCACACGUGUUGAAUAUCGGCUCACCUUGUCAUUGGAAAUAUCGGCACAUUGUCUUUGCCUCUGUGCACUAUACCGUACACUCAGAAGUCUGUUGAGAUGCCUGAGAGAGAGUUGUGACCCCACCUGGAUGCCUGUGAAGGUGUGUGCGAGUGUGUGUGCUCCACAGCUGUGUAGGUUUUAUUGCACAGUGUGAGUGCUGAACCAUGUAUAAGGCAGGGAAAAAAAUAACAAGACCCUGGAACAUUUUCUCCCUGGAGUUUUCUGUGAGUGUGUGAGAGAGAGUAUCUCUCUUUAUCACUCUCUCUUUAAAUCUCGCUUGCUCUCUUUAUCCUCCGUGUCUCUGUCUCUCUCUCUCCCCACCUCCCUUUUGCUCAGUGUACACACUUACACUCUAUCUAUCUCACUCACUCUCUCUCCCCACCCUCAGUCGUCUAUCUGUGAGUGUCCUCCUCCCUCUCUCCUGUCUCUCCUCCCUCCUUCCCUCCCUCCCUCUCUCUCACUCUCUCUCUUGCUCUCUCUCUCUCUCUCUCCUCGUGAGUGGAGUCUGGGCAUGGUGCCAGCUGGCGUGUAUGUUUUUUGAAUGAAUACCUGAUGAAGUUGGUGGAGGGCAGUGAGGCGAGGCAUGGGAGGAGCCGAGAGAGAGAGCGAGCGAGCGAGCGAGUGAGUGAGUGUGUGUGCGAGCGAGUGAGAACGUGUGUGUGUGUGAGUGCGAGUGAGGGCCUUGCAUAACACACGUUGGAGUGCUGCAUGCAGGCGGUCAGGCGGGCAGCGGGCGGUCAGGGCUCCGGCUCUGGGCAGCCUGUGUGUGACACUCAGGCACACUGGACGCAGCACGGUCCAGCUGUGGAGUCCCACACACUGCUCUCAUCCACGGCAGGGAGGGGAGAGAGACAUAUCCAGAGUGCGAGAGAGAGAGAGAGAGAGAGAAAAGAAGGGAAAACAGCCAGCCAGUAGCCAGUAGGGCAGAAGAGUUGGUUUAAAAGAUUUCACUGCCCUUCUGGACACCAAUAAGGGAAAGCAUCAAGGACCUGCAGUCUUUCUAGACAUUGCGGUUUCUGCUGCAGUCCUGGAGCCUUGCUUUCAGAGGGACAUGAUUCCGCAUGAACCACGAGCACAGCUCUUUUGUGGCAGGCGUGCGUUCUGUUGCUUUCGACUGAGAUCUGUGUCCAUCCGGCCCUAAACAGAGGAGAAAAGCUCCUUUCGCCGCCACUCUUCUCUCUACCCCCAUCCCAAUCCCCUCCAACAGCACCGGCCGACCGGUGGGUGGGCACGCUGUGUCAGAGAGACAUACAGAGAGAACAAGAGAGAGGGACAGAGGGAAAGGUCGAGAGAGAGAGAUAAACAGGUAGAAACAACCAGAGAGUCCAGCAGCCACAUACACCAUGAAGCCCACCCAGGAGCGGAGCAACGAGUGCCUGCCCCCUAAAAAGCGUGAGAUCCCAGCCAGCACCCUGCCCUCGGAUGAGAGGCCUGUGAUGAUGGCGCCAGCCAGCGAAAGCCAGCGGACAGGGAACUUGGCCUGGCUGGCCAGUGUUGCCAGUGGGCAGGAGAGUGGUGGUCAGCGCACUGGAAUGGCAGUGGGGUCCAACAGCCCUCAGUACAAACCGCUGGUUGAAUACUCACCUCCAUGCUCCACACAGUCCACCCGCAGUGCGACCGCAGUGACCAGCGUCCCGGCUGUGUACACGUCCCCUAUCUCUCAGCAUGGAGGCACCAUCCAGUACACACCCUUACCCCCGAACCUGCACUUCAUUAGCCCCUCUUAUGCUGCACCAUAUACAGGCUACAUCUCUCCACUCGUACACCCUCCUCCAGCUUCCACCACCAUCGCCACUUCCCAGAGACACACUGAAGCCUACGCCAGCGCCACCAACUCUCCUUCGUCAAAAUCUGAGCAGCACCACCCCCUGGGCCGCUCUCUCGGCCCACCUAUGUCGGACAGCACCCUCUCGCCACACUCGACCCAGUACGUCCAAAUCUCUGCCCCUCGGACUGCCCCUUCACCCCAUGCCCACCUCCCUCUGCACCUGCACCCUCAACACACGCUGGCCCUCAGUGGGCCCCCUCAGGUCCUGCUGCAGUACACCGAUGCACCUGCGCCCAAGAAGGAGGAGGCCAGGCCCAGAGAGGUGCUGAACGGGGAGCUGGAAAAGGUCCAGCGCUUCAGCUUGUCAGAAUCCAGUGCAGGAAAGCAGAGCAAAGGGUCCUUGUCCAGCCAGCAGCACCAUAUCCACCAGCAGCAGCACUAUGAGGCCAGGCACGUGGUGCUGCCUGCCGAGUAUGCACAGGACAUACGGACCUCACUAGUGCUAGUGCCCAACAGUCACAACUCCAGCAGCACUGAUCCAGGGGGCACUUUAGAUAAGCUGCCUCCUCCCUCUAUGCCAGAAAAAGGAGGGAUUUGUGCAGGAAAGCCCAUAACUCGUACUCCCUCUAGCUCCUCGUCCACCUCCCAUCCAUUUCCACCCCCACCUUUGCCUGUGGACGGUCUAAAGACGGCAGUUACCACGUUAUCCCCUCAUACAGUGAUCCAGACCACACACAAUGCGACCGAGCCGCUGUCCAUGGGCCUCACUUCCACGAACUUCUAUCCUGCUCAUCAGCCCAUUAUUGGUUACAUUGCAGGCACGGGUCAGCAACAGCCUCUCGGCUACCACACCAGCCUGCCUCAACACCUGGUCAUCCCUGGGGCUCAGCCGGUCAUUAUCCCUGUAAGUGGUGCAGAGCCAACUGCCACAUCCGCAGCCACAGCCUUUCCCGCAGCACUACCCCAUGCGUUUGUCACCUCAGCAGCCCCCAAAGGUGAAGCCUUCGAAUCCCUGGCCCCCUACCCCCACCCAGCGGGGGCCAUGGUUCAGGCCCAGCUCCACCUGCCCAUGGUCCCAGCCCCUGCCAGCCUACUGGCCACUCCGCCUCCACCUUCAGCCCCAUCGCUGCCCCCUUACUUCACAAAGGGCUCCAUUAUCCAGCUUGCAGACGGCGAGCUGAAGCGAGUGGAGGACCUGAAGACGGAAGACUUCAUCCAGAGCGCCGAAAUCAGCAGUGAGCUGAAGAUCGACUCCAGCACUGUAGAGCGCAUUGACAGCAGCCAUACGCCUAACUUUGCCAUCAUCCAGUUUGCAGUGGGAGAGCAUCGCUCGCAGGUCAGUGUGGAGGUGCUCGUGGAGUACCCCUUCUUUGUUUUCGGUCAGGGCUGGUCGUCCUGUUGUCCGGACCGGACCACCCAGCUGCUGGAGCUGCCCUGCGCCAAACUGUCAGUGGGCGACGUCUGCAUCUCACUGACUCUCAAGAACCUGAAGAACGGCUCACUGAAGAAGAGUCAGGGUCAGAUCCCGGACGUGGCGGGCCUCGGGCCGCCCCUCAAACCGCCCAAAGCACCCUCGGGUGGGACGCGAGGUGGAACACGGCACAAGGAGCAGGAGAAUGGACUGAGGCAGUGCGGCAGUCAGGGAGGGCCAGGUAAUCAGGCCAGCGCGGAGAACGGAGAACUGAGGUUUGGGGAGAGGGGAGCCUGCAAAGCCUCACAGUCCUCAGAGGCAGAGUCCAUCAGCAAACCCCCAGGCCGCAAGCGGAGGUGGUCGGCCCCCGAGGGCCGCAAAGUGGAGAAGCCGGAGGAGGAGCCCCCUUUGACUCUUCCCAAGCCUUCUUUCAUCCCUCAGGAGGUUAAAAUCAGCAUUGAAGGCAGAUCAAAUAUUGGCAAGUGAAAAGCCCAUCGGACUGUCAGAUUGUGGUUUUGAAUUGAAUGGAAAAAAAUUUACCCUCACAAUGUUCUUCUCACUUUCAUUUUGAUCUUUGAAUAUUGUUUUUUUUAUAAUUUCAGUUUUAAAUUCUCUAAUUUUGUUUUGUUUUUUUUCUAUCCAGAUUACUGUACCGUAGGCUAAAUUAACUCAGUAUAGGCCGAUACCUACCACCUUAUGUGUAGUAAUAACAUUUUAGUAGGUGCAUUGAAUAUAUACAGGCAAUUGGUGCAAUUUUCUCUCUUUUUUUUUUGUCUGGGCAAAUCUGGGGCAGGUAUAGUGCAAGGUGAGGAGGGUUUAUAUAGGACACCUGAGCACUGCAUGAUGCCCUCCAGGGUACAAAAUAUCUUACAACCUUUUCAGCCCUACAUCUGUCUAACUUUUUUUUGUCCUGUCAUAACACGAGGGGGAUGAUUUGAAGGGCGCCCACUGAAGUAGCACUAAAAGGGAUGCCUUGGCGCACGUAGUGCAUUAGUCCCGGCUCCAUCCAUAUUUGAGCAUAAGAGAGAGGAUGGAGGUUUGGUGUGGAUGACAUUGCUCAGGGAGGCAGGACGGAAAUCACUCCUUCACUGGCUGCAGGAGAUUACAUGAUGUCAGCCAUCCUGCUCAAGCAGUCUCAUCUGAGAUUUAGGCGUAAAAAAAGACAAUCCGAAGACCGUUGCAAAGAGAUCUGAGGGACAUCGUAAGAGAUGUCGGUUCAGCAUAGAUCGCGUUAGCUUUUAUUCUGAGUAAUAGACGGGCACCUGAAUACUAAGGUACAUACCAGGCCGGGUGCUGUAACACAAUCAGAGUCAGAGAAGUUGAGAAGUGAGACGUGUCAUCAAGCAGUGCCAGUUGCUCCUUAGGAAAAGAGGGAACUAUGUUAAUAGGCUCAGAGACGGCUUUUAUAUAUUCAACUGUCGAACCAUUUUAUUUUAUUCUUUUGUAGUUUUGCUUAUUAUUUUCUUAAACCCUCCUAUCUGACCUGAUGGGUAGAUUUUUUUUUGCAAUGAAUGUGUAAACCUUGCAAUCAGGGGUCACUUUCAGUCAUGUAGACACAGCAUGAGUUCUUGUCUAUGUAUACGUGUGAGGACGUGUCUCUAAAGGUUGAGGUAUAUGUAGAGGGGUAAAGAGACGACUCGUUUGGUGCAAACUUACCAGUUAUUUUUCACUGUAAUGAAAGAAAGCUGGUUAUUUGAGAGAAAGUGAGAGAAAGUCGCUGGAGAAGGGAGGGACAGGUGGACGAAGCACUUUACGCACCUGUCACACUCACUAGCAGAUAGUUAUUUUAAUCAAUUUAGUCCUUAUUAUUAUUAAUGUUAUUAUUAUUAUUUCCUCUUAUUAUUAUUAUUAUUAUUAUUAUUAUUAUUAUUUGAUCUCUGAACAUGAACACAGUACUGUACAGUAUGUUGUAUUUGACUGGCGGGGGAGUAUAGCGCUCUGUGGAAAAGUGGAGGGCUUACAGGUGCCCCUCGAUCUGUGAAUAGAAUGAAUGUGAAUGGUGAAGACGGACGAGAGCAGAAAGCCGAAAGGCAGAGAGAUAGAGAAGCACUUUGCUGCUCUGGUCUGUACAGCUCCUCUUAAAAGAGAAUUCCACCAGUUUUUUUUAAUUUAUGCAUAAUUCAAUCAUUGAGUUGUAAGAACUUGUUCACUGUUUUGAUAUGAAAGGGUUCAUUGUAAAGGAACUCAGAUUUCUUCACAGUGAUGGUGAUUGGAUGUCUACAACAACCAAAAUGUAUGUACUAUCCAAAAUAACUAGUGAACCAACAGAGUUUUUAUAUGAAAUAUUGAUGAUGAUAAAAUAGUAGUAAAUCUUUGGUAGUAUUUUGCCUUACAAAAUCCUGCACAUACGUUUGAAAGCAUUAAAAAUAAUGGCACUUAAACCCCCUCACCAACACUGUGAACAAUUCUGCGUAGGUUUUCUAGAACAGAGCAUUUCACAUCAUAACUUUGUGUACAUUUUAAUGCUUCAGUUAUGCAUAAAUAUGAAAAAUCGAUGAGGUUCUCCUUUAACAGUGAGCUAGAAAGGCGUCCGAACUCUUCAAUAAAGUGUAGCAUGGGCACGGCCCAUGAAGCGACUGCCAUUGUAAUCAUCGUAAUGAAAGUGUAUGAGUGUGAUCGCAGGCAGGAGUAGGGCUUCAGAGGUAAUGAGACUGUCCAAAUAUGCCAUGAGGAGAGAGAGAGAAAGUGCAUGUGAGAAACUCUGGACACAGAAAUUUUAGUGGGGUUUAAGGGUGUCCUGUACACGUUUGUUUAUAAUGUACGCAUGUGGAUGUGCAUGCACACACACACGCGCACAAGCACACAUUUACUUCUCGGUUACGUGUCUUUAUAUGUCUUUUUUGUACAUUACCAUGUAUAGAAAUGCAUAUACUGUAUCUGAAUCACUGUAUGCAGUCCAUCUCCCAAGACACUGAAGGGACACCUUAGUGUGAAAUCACAAAGCAUGUAGUACUUUCAGUGGUCUGGAGUGUGUGCGUGUGUGUGCGUGUAUGUGUAUGUGUGUGUAUAUGUACAUUCUGUGUGUGUGAGAGAGAGAGUGGUAUAUGUGUUUGUGUGUUUGUGUAUGUAUAUAUAAUAUCACACAUAUUAUAUAUAUAGAAAUAUUGGUAACACUUUACUGAAGAGCAGCAUUCAACGCUACAAGACACCUACAUAAGACUUUCAUGACAACUGAUGUAAACCUGUAUAUAAAGGCUUAUUCCAACCAUUUGUCAUAACACUUACUGAGGACAAUGAAAUUGACAAAGCAUUCUUUGGAUGUUGGAAUAAGCCUUCAUAAAUGUUUCUGAAGCUUUAUGUCAGGCUUAUGUAAGAUUCAAGUAGUCUUAUGAACGCUGCCCUUCAAUAAAGUGUUCCCAAAAUAUUUGUCCAGUGUUUCUGUUUAAAGUUCUACUUAAGAGAAUCUUGCAGUUUGCACAUCUGGAGAGGUAGUAACAUGACUUUUUAUUAUUUUGUUUUCAGCCAUGGCUGAAAACCCACUUUUACUGAAAUGUAGCAGUUACUUAACAAGUUCGCUCGGCUUGCUGGUCUGACGUGGCCUCCUUUUUUACUCCUUUGCUUACUUAACUCACACACGUUUUCAGACGCUUAUGAGGACUGUCUAAUACACAUACACAGAAACGCACUCAAAGCAGGUAGUGAGGAGGAGCCACGGCCUAAAGCCCGCACACUUGUUGAGCUCUCUGAUUGAUGGCUUUGUUCAGGUGUAUUUGAAUAGGUGACCUGGCCAGGGUGGGCGAUGGUGAUGAUGAUGGAUGCUUGGAUGGAUGUAUGGAUGGAUGGAUAAUUGGAUGGAUGUAUGCUUGGAUGGCCUGAUGGAUGGUGGUGGGUGGGUGAAUGCACCCCAUAUUCAAUUUGAAAAUGCUUUAUUUUUUUAUAAUAAAACAGGGUUUCUCAGAUCAACAUCACAACCGUGCAUUUUUUUCUUUUUUUUUUUAAAUCAUUUCGACAUUUCACUUCAUACCCUCUCUUUGAAGAGUGUGUAUGUGUGUGCGUUGAAUGCAAAUGUUUAGGUAGGGUAUCUUGAGAAAGCAACGGCUUCGAAAAAGCAGAUAUGAUUAUGAACUGUUAGCUUUGGGCCAAAAGGUAGAAUUUUAUUUUUAGUUUUGUUUUUUCAUUUUAUUUAAGCAUUAGUUCAGCCGCAUCUCAUCUAUUGCCAUGCCUUUUCAUUCUCUGUGUUUAACUUUGAUUUCUGUCAUGCUGUUUCUGUGCUAUUCUGGUUUUUCAUCAAAUGGCUUCUCUCUUUCUGCUUGCAUAGGUUCGCUAUAGGUAUACACAAGAAGCAUUCCAAAUAAUGACACAGCAAUAACCCUAGUCUCCAGUAUUCAAACCAAAAAGGAAAACAGAUUAUUUAUGGCGGAAGCCCAGUUGUUGCUCCACUAUCUAGGCUAACAGUCUGGCGUUCUCCUCCUCGUCGCAGUUUGCACGGCCAGCCCGUUGUAUCUUCAGGGAGAAAUGUAAAGCGUAUAUGCAGUGACAGCAUCUGUCCCUCUAAACCCAGCUCAACCCUCUCCUGCUAGUGACCUCUAGACCCUGUUCAGGUACACUCAUGCAAAACCAGUAACGCCUCGCACCUGUUUACCUGCCACAACCGCCAGCUACCUUUAAUGGCUUGGCCUGUAUGUGCAACUGCAAACCCCAGCACAUUAUCUUUAUCUCUCUCUCUCUUUCUCUCUCUCUCUUUCUCUCUCUCCAUCAUUUUCAUUUUAGAGCCAUAGAACCUAGUCAGUAUUUUUACGUUCCUGAUAUCCUGGUUUGAGUGUAAUGUGCGAGUUAUGAGAGUAAACAUGGAACAAAAGCCUGUUUAGACGCAGACAGAAAUAGCACAUGCAUUCUUACACUGAUGCAUACUGUAUAAUCACUCAACACGUCUUCAUUGGCUAGGAACGUUACCGGCACCAACAGAGAAGAAAAGAUCAUUUGUUUGUAUCUAUGUGUGUAGUAAUGGAAACUGUGUGCAUACAUGUGUGUUUGGGCUGUGAUGUAUGUCAGUCAGUCCUUGUGAACCAGAAGGUACUGGUGGAAUAACUUAUACAGAAGCAAAUACUCAUUUACUACCCACAGCCACCAACAGUAUGCAGAGAGAAGAUUUUCCAUGCAAUGCUCAAUAUACAAUGCUGGGAAAAAGUCAGAGGGCACUCUUCCUUUCCUUUUAAGUUUCACGUCAAAACGGCCACUAAAUACAAGUUAUUUUAUUUACACAAAAGCCUCAAAAACUAAUAUUCAUUUUUGUAGUAUUUACAGUGUCCAACCUUUGCAUUUAUUACUGCUUCCUUACUUUCCAUGAGACUUGCUUUUAUUUUUUCUAUAAUUCAGCAGGGAUAUUUUUCUGCACCAUCAAAGUUCAGUAUUAGAAGUAGGUUGGUUUUGAUUGUCUGAUCCAAGUAAUCCUAAACACAUUCAGUGAUAUUAAGAUCUAUUUCCUUUUCUCAGUAAAAGCUUCUUGACAGCUGCACAUCCUUUCAGACUGACAGUGUUGAGUUGUCUUCUCACAGUGGAAGGAUGGACAAACACCUAUGGAUUUUUUCAGAUGUGAAGCAAGAGUGAAUUUUGAUUUCUCAAAGAGAAAAGCUUUAAGUGCUGUUUACCUGAUGGUGCCAGUUUUGGUGGUCUAUGAGGUCUUGCAUGGUUGUUAAGAGUCCCAUUUUCUCUAUAUAUUUUAAUCAUUUUCAUCAACUCCUGUUUUAGAAGCUCCUGAUUUGUUUUUUGUUUUUUUUUCGUUUUUCAUCUAAAUGUCCACUUCCUUGUGCAAGAUGAUUAUUUUUUAUCUAAUCUCCUCAGAAAAGUGAAUAACUUGUACUUAAUGGCUGUUUUAACUCGAGAUUAAACAAAUGAAGGGUGGUCACUGACUUUUGCUCAGUACUGUAUGUUGUGAGAGUUGUAGUGGCCAUUAUUGGGAAUUUGGUGUAAUCAUUGAAAUGUCAGGUUUGCUCUGGUAUCAUUUUAAGAAAUGUGCAAUUCUCAAAAUUAAUUCUCCCAUGAUUGUGCCAUGUGCAGUACUUAUUCUUUGGCCUUGUCCUGUUUUUUUACUAUUUACAGUUUUCCUCUUAUUAAGAAGCCUAAGCCCUGUUUCUUAUUUCUCUGAUUUGAUGUUUUUUUGCAUAAAUGAACUCCAUAGUACUUGAAAAUAAAAGACUUGGACAGGUUGUUGUAAGGAAAAAAAUUUUAAUUGAUACAGAACCUUUACAUUACAUGUCUGAUUUAGGUCUCUCUGAGGAACCCUUUUAGCACCUUUAUUUUUAGGAGCACUGACUGACUCUUAUUGGCUGACAAACAGCUAAUGACCCAGUAUUCAAAGGAUUCAAACUGUUAAUCCACAUAUCCAGUAUGGAUCUACAAAGCUUUUUAUUGGAAGCUUAACAAAUGAAAUGUGAGCAUUGGCAAUAAAACGUAAAGCAUAUUCAUCAACUCAAGUUCAACUUAAGUUUGAAGAACGUGAAUGUGAAAUGUGGUUUGAGGAUUUCUGCUUGUAUUCUAAAUAGCAGAACUUCCAUAAAAGUCCCCUCCAGCUGUAAAAGAACUCAAACCUAAACGCAGAGUACAUGUAGCAUUAUUCAUUCAUUACGCAUGUGAUGUGUCUGUGACUGAUCAGUACGGUUUGCCUCUGUAUUGGUUCCAGGGACUGUAACUUCAUCAUCGGUUAGAGAUGCUGACCCCUCAGCUAUUACAUUGCAUCUGUCCAGUUUUGCACAUUUCCUCUCUUCUUUCUCAAUACAUUGUUUUUCUUUUUGUU